ACCCUUCCCUCUUUGGCAGCGCACUUUCCAACCCUUGGAAGGAGUACUACUUCGUGCUGGACGGCCUGCUGCUCACCUACUAACCGCUCGCAGCACGACUAUGAGCGACUGAGCAGCAUGAAGGGAUCCCUCGAUCUGUCCCUGGUGGAGGAGGUGCGCGCCAAGAAGCCAGGGAUACUGAGGAUCCAUCACCCCUUCUGUCUCGCCCGCAGGAACCUUCCGUCUAUCAAGCUGGCGGCGGAGACCAGAGAGGAGCAGGAGCAGUGGAUGGAGGUGCUGAAGGCUGCAGUAGGACCACGGAGACUCUCUUGCUACAGCUCGGAUAAAACCCUAAACUCUGGCACAUCACCGACAAACUACUUGGAGAAAUCUGCAACACUUCCAGGUCGUAUCAAGAACGUGAGCUCUUAUUCCUCUUCGAUCACUGAAGAAGAGGACGAUGAAGAGAAGAAAGAGUUGGAGGAGAAAGAGGAAGAAAAGGAGAAGGAGGAGGAGCCUGAACUUAUCAAACCUAAAAAGAUCCCAAGGAUGCCCAUUGGAAUGCCUAUUUUUAAGCCAAACCUAGAGCAGGUGAAACUUAAAAAUGUGGAGAGGAAGGAAGUGAAGAGAGAGGACGUCGAGGAAGGCAAGGCCGCUAACGUCUCCCCACGCGGACUUAGACAAGAGGAUCCCUCAAAAGAAGCAUCGGUUUCGGAGGUGUUCGGAGUGGUGCUUAAGAAGGCUAAGAAAAAAGAGGAGAAAGAGGAGGAGGAGAAAGUGGAAAAGCAAGAGGAGGAAAAAGAAUCAUCUAAGGAGGCAGGCGGUGGGCGCGACGGGUCGGCGUCGCCAGGACACGCCACCAGUAGCAACAGGAGGCCCUUAAAGCAACCUGUGAUACCCCUCAACAAUAAGCUUCUUGUUUUGCCAGAAGUGAAGGAAUCAAAGUCUCCCAAAGUAUCGCCGGUAACACAGAAGAGAAGCACCGUAGAUAGGAGGAAGUCCCCCUCACCCAGCCUUCCCAUCUCCAAGAGUGUGCAGGCCCUCACCAAAUCUGCCGAGGAGGUGAGGACGACACAGAUGGACACAAUAUCUUCUGCUGACACUACCACCACCGUUGAGUGGAAGGGCAAGGACGGGGAAGUGAAGGUGUACCACGCCCACACCAGUGAGGUGAAAUACAGUGACGUGGUGGAUCUCUUGGACAUGGAGGAAGUGACAGAGGAAUUGAUCAAGGAGAGAAAGAAGGGAAGUGAUGAAGAGGCAAGGGAGAAGGAUGAAACAUCAGAAAAUGAAGAUAAAGUGAUGAAUGAAAGUGAAAAAUUGAAGCAGAAGGAAGGGGAGGGCGCGAAGGUCCUUCUCGACACGGCUGUCAAAGUUAACGAGAAUGAGAAAGAAGACGAGGAAGAGAACAAGGGAGUGGUUGUUGCUGCCCUCAAAGAAGAGGCAUCCAAUGAGAACACGUUUAGUGAAGAAUCUCUCAAUAACUACAACACAGACAGUCAGCAGGUGGUGAGCAAAGAGAAGCACAAAGAUGGAGCUUCGUCAGCAGAGCACAAGGGUAGAGGGUCUGAAGUGUCCCAUUCUGAUACCCUUCCUGAGUCCUCUAGUGUCGCCACUUCACUCACACCCCCUGCCUCUCCAGCCUCCAGCGUGACCUCCUCAGAUUCAGAAACCGUUCCUAAGGCUUCCUUAUCUUCUACAUCCUCCUCUGAGCUCAUCCCUCCUUCUCCUAAGUCUGGUCCUCUUUCACCUAAGCAAACUCCUCCCUCAUCGAGCGACAGAAGGGACGUGGAAGAAAAGGUGAAUUCUACCACACAGGAAAACAAACAAAUGGCCAGCGAAAAACAGGAGGAGGAGUUUGAGACGGUGGCCAGCGACGGCCCACGUGACCGCUCCAACACUAAUGAGAGUACUACCUCCUCCUCCUGCCUCGAGGGAGCCGAAAAGAAGCCUGGUAAAUUUAAUUUCUUAAAGAACAAGCUCAAAGGUGGCUCCAUGAAGGAAAAGAAAGAAGAAUCCGCCGUCCAGAGGGAACCCAAGGAGAAGAAACGGAGAGGAAGUAACACCUUCUCCAGCCUCCUGCCGGGGAAGAAGUCGAAAGAAAGCAAUAAGAAGCCGGUUGAGGAGGAGCUUCAACCAUCGCAGCUCGAGGACACGAAUGGGUCACGCGUCGUAUCUCCUGAUGAGGUGACUCCUCUGUCGGAGUCACCUAUACUUGACAAGGCGUUGCCUGUAACGGUAGUGCCUGCGGUGGAUGUUCAGGUGAUACCCCCGUCUGCACCUCAGCCUUGUGAGGAAGAGCCGCAGGACAAGCAAGACGCCUUUCUCUCCAGCCUCGGAAGUGCUGGUAAUGGGAUGGUAACUCUCAGGGCGACGACAACGUAUGGCGAGGCGAGGAGCAGCGUCCACAGCCGCACCUCCAGCGGGUCGCGUGAUGACCCGCCGCCCUCUAUCCCCGAGAAGACGUACAUGCGUGCCCCAUCGCCCAACCAUGACGUACCCAAGAAUAACAGGCCCGUAACCAAUCUGCACCUCAUGGCCGCUGAGGAGGAAUGCGAUGAAGAGGACGAGACCAACCAACGGGUGGAUGGAUACAUUACACAGGAACAGAUCGAGGCUCUACUUAACGCGAAAGAGAAUCGUGAUAAGAGAAAACGGUCCCUGAGUCGAAACCAAUCGUUUGCUAAGCCAGAUGUAGUGAAGGAUAUGCCACUUGCCUCCUUGUCCAAUGACGACUGGGCCACCAAGCGACCCUCAUACGCCUCCUUCAGCAGCAUUGAUAGCGACGAGUCACUGCUCACCACCAACUUCCUGAGCUUUGAACGACAGUCGAGCAGCUCCAGCAGCAUCAAAGGCCUUAGCAAAGCUGAAGCAAACGAUUGUUCUUCAUGCUCCUUCUCUGAAAGUGGGGACUCCCAUAGAUCAGAUGUAGAGGCCCCUGCCGAGUCCUUGUGGAGGGCCCCGCGAGCCACCGAUGCAAUUGUAACCAAAAAUCGUGUUAGUCUUACCUCCCCAGAGUUCACUGUAGAAGAGGAGGAAUUACUCAGCUCGCCAGAGACACCCAAGCUGAAACCAACACGGGACAUCAAUGUCGAGGAAGACGAUACUAACAAGGAACAACAUGACGGAAACGAGGAUGAAUCUGAGGCCGAGGCCGAGUGCAAAGACUUCUUCCCAGUGGUUGGUGGUGAUGUACAAUUGCGACAGCCAGCUCCUCUGGAUCUCCCGACAGGCAACCUGAGAACAUCUGGCAUCGUGAGUCUGAAGGAGUACCUGGAAGCUCAGGAAGAGAAAGAAGACUUUCAGGAUGUUAAGUCAUGCAUCAACCGCUUAGGACACAGCGCCGCCAUUGAGAAACUCAAACAAACCACAAGCGAACAGUGAUAUUACACAUUUCGAUGCAUAGCCAGGAUCGUCCCGCUGUGUGCACCAGGGACACGCCCGUCAUCCAGUAGGACAUACCAUUAAUCGCCUGUAUUCUGAUUUACAUAGCUGUAAAAUGAGGACAUGGACACGUGACAUCUUUACAAAAUUUGACAGUUUUGAAACUCAGAACACGUGCACAGGGAGGGAACGCUAGACAUGCCCAACAGACGCGAAACAUCACUUGUCACUUAACGACUGACGAGUACUGGACAUCACGUAGGACACAUGCUAAACACUGAACAUUAAGAGAAUACCAGACAAUCGGGACGGCAAUGGACAGGAUUUUUGUGAUAUUGGAGGCAAGAAUAUUUUAUGGACAUGAUUCAGGGGAAUAUUGGACAGACUUUGAAGGAAAUUAUCAUCUACUUGAAGGAAACUGAACAUACUUUAGGGCAAUGCUUACCUACUUAAAGGAUACUAGACAUAAUAUAGAGCAAUGUUCAUCCACUUGAAGGACACUGGACCUAAUUCAGAGCAAUGUUUACCCAGUUAAAAGACACUGGACGUAAUACAGGACAAUGUUCACCCACUUAAAAGAUACUGGACGUAAUUCAGGGCAAUGUUCACCGACUUAAAGAACAUUGGACAAAAUUUAGGGCAAUGUUCACCUACUUAAAGAACACUGGAUAUAAUUUAGGGCAAUGUUCACUAUUUCAAGGACACUGGACAUAAUUCAGGGCAAUAUUAACCUACUUGAAUGACACUAGACGUAAUUUAGGGCAAUAUUCACUUACCUAAAGGACACUGGACAUGUUUGAAUCCAUGUUUACUUAUUUAAGGGGUACCGGACAUUUUGGACAUACCUGAGUGCCAUACUUUUCUAGUACAAGAAACAGGACAUGAUAAGUAAUUUCAGAAUCUGAAACUAAUAAAAUAAUGAGAUGUUUAUUUAUUUUUUGAACACUAGAUAUCAUAUAGUGGACUUAAUAAAAUAAUGAGAUGUUUAUUUAUUUUGGGAUACUAGACUCAGUUGAGUGGAUAUGGUACCUGACUACAGGGACGCUGCACACACCUUAAGUGACAGCAUUGAUGGAUACCAAAGCAGUCAACCGCAUACUCUCAUCUCAGUUAUUUAUUUAUUUUUUUUUUACUUGUAUAUUUAAUGGUUGUUUUAGUUUUCUUUCGCUUGUAUUGAACUAAGUACGAAAUAUAUUGCUGAUCAGCCUACGC